CGUCGAUCUAGUGAAGUUAGUCCAGACUCCACACAUAUAACCACAAGUCGGAAAGGAAAACCACGCGAGAUGAACACACGCGACCUCCUCUUCUCCGGUCUCGACCUCGUCAAGCAACAGGCGAGCGCCGUGGCCUCCACCGUCUCACUGGCCAAGCCGUACCUCCCCGCAAAGCUAACCGAGAUGAACACCGGCGACAUCGUCGCCGGUCUCGGCUACGUCAAGAACCAUACAGGAGCGACCGUGGCCUCCACCGUCUCAUUGGCCAAUCAGUACCUGCCCGCAAGGCUUACCGGGAUGAACACCGGCGACAUCGUCGCAGGUCUCAGCUACGUCAAGAACCAUACAGCGGCCAUGGUGUCGACGCGCGACGGCGCCGUGGGGACCGCGGCGAUGGUCAUCGGGGGCGCCGUGGGCGCCUACUUCCUCUGGCCCGCUGCGGCCGCCCCCGCCGCUGCCGGCGCCAUGAUGAAGGCGCCUGGUGCCGCCGGCUUCCUCAUCUCCCGCUCGGCGUUCCUGGCCAACCCGCAGGUCUACUACCAGAUCCUCCGCACCGCUGGCGCCGCGGCGGCGGCCGCCGCAUUCGUGUAGGGAAGCAAGCAAGCGCGCCCCUUCGAUCUCCCCCGUUUACCUUGUUUCGUGUACUCUGUUUAACUGAGAGUGUGGCUCGACUAUAUGGGUGGUUCAUUCCAUAGUACUGUGUAGCGUUUACUCCUUGCCGUGGGAGCGAUCGAGAAGAUGGGAUGGUAAUAAGCGCUGCCUCGUACUCGUAUUUUCCAUUGUUCUAGUCAUUGUGUUCUGUUUGCGAUAUUAUGGUGUUUUGAAGCAACUGCUGGCUGCUGCUUCCUACUCCGUACUGUAUUCUCAGUUCAUGUGUGGAAUUGUUCCUAUAUUGUUAUA